ACAGGUAUGGCAAUGGCGACGUGGCAAGCGAAAAGAUAGAAAUUUUUGGAAAAUUCGUCCAAAAUAUUGUCGUUUUAGGAUUCAUGUGAAAUUCUUACUGACGUAAAGUUGUCAUGGGUUUAUGUAAAUGCCCCAAGAAGAAGGUUACCACCCAAUUUUGCUUCGAACAUCGCGUGAAUGUUUGUGAACACUGUCUUGUUUCAAGUCACCCCAGGUGUAUUGUGAAGUCAUAUCUACACUGGCUCCAGGACAGUGAUUAUAAUCCAGUCUGUACUUUGUGUAAUGGAAGUUUAGCUGAGGGAGAUGUUGUUCGAUUAAUUUGCUUUGAUGUAUUCCACUGGGCUUGUCUUAACAGUUAUGCUGCAAGCCUUCCAACAAACACUGCUCCAGCUGGUUACUCUUGUCCCAACUGCAAGUCAACAGUGUUUCCUCCCGAGAAUCAAAUUUCUCCUGUUGCUGACCAGUUGAGACAGAUGUUGGCCACUGCACCAUGGGCCCGUGUUGGUCUUGGGCUUCCUGUGGUACCUUCCACCAGCUCAACAAGCACCACAGCCUCUGAAAGUAUUGUGUCAAGACAUGAAGCUGAUAUUGUUGCUCAAAUGUCAGACAGUCAGAGAAUGGCACCCACUUAUGAAAAAAAAGACCAUACCCUAAACUCUACUUCACACACAGCUAGUCAGUCACCUCCAUACACCACCCCACUGAGUACUAAAACAGAACUGCGAUCAACCAGAGAUCAUCAUGUAGUAGAUGUGCGACAACAGAACACUAUGGUACCACCCCCACAGCAGUCUUAUGCACAUGGUGACAAGCCCAGCACAGUGUCAAGGAAGAUAUUCAACACGAAGGAGCCAGUAGACAGUAUCCCGUAUGAUCAUGAUGAAAAUAAAUACCAAAGGAGAGGUGCCAUCGAUUGGUUCACGAGAUGGUUUUGGUCUCGUCGACCCAAAAAGCCUGGACCUGAGGAUCCAAACGCCUCCUUAAAACGAACCACAGUAUUGCUGAUCCUGUUUGUUCUGGCCUUCACUACUGUUGUGGUGCUUUUUACACGAGUUGGACGGGGAAUGGCUGAUAAGGACCCGUUUCUUGACCCGAUGGCAAAUCCCAACAUAAGAGUUCAAGGUGGUAGGAUAAAAAGCGCAUAGGAUGCAACUCUCAUGUAAAAAUAAAUGGUCCUUAAUCGUGUUCUGUUUAAGAACAGAGAAGAAACGCAUGGUCUCUGCUCAAAGGACUCGUUAAUAACCGUAAAUUUAAGGCCGAGUUUUUAAACAAUUAGAAUGCGAAUGAUUUCAGUUUGAAAUGCGCAAGCUGGCGUCCUGUAGGCAAUAAAUUCUGAAGGUGCAUGUAUGUUGUACAUUUUUUACCCAUGUUUGCAACGUGGAGGUGUUCCCGGCUUCAUUUUGUGCGCGCACCGACUUCGAAGGCCGCUGUCGUCUCUGUCCUAGUCACUAGGAGGAGAGGUCCCAGGAUGUUAGGAAUUUACAUAUACCCAGAGAGGCUACCUUGUGUUACAUUCCCUCUUCUCGUCCACUCGUGACUCUCGAGUAGUAUCGGGUAGAACAAAUAAUAAAGUACUUCUUAGUUAGAGCAAAAAAUUAUGAGUGAAAAUAAAAUUAUUAAAGAUA